AUGUGCGGAGCGAGGCUCGGCGAGGAUUUGCCUCCGCCUGGCCCAGACGUCGGGCCAACGCCACCUCGCCGAAGCGGGCGGCGCCCUGCGUCCAGCCCGGCCCUGCAGCUGCCGUGCGACGACGCUGCGAUUGCGGCGCUGCUCUCACCGAGAAAGCUGGCAUUGGAUUGCGGAGGCGCCAGCGCUGGUGGUGUUGAGGCGACAAAGCUGCUCAAGGCGUCCUUCGGCUCACUUAGCGACAACCGCGCCGCGCUCGAUUUAACCGGGCCCUUCAAGGACGCUGAGCGCGCCGUACUUCUUGACAGCGAGACGCGACAUGUGCUCGCCGCCGCAGUUGUGCACGUGCGUGCUGGCUCGGUGCUCGAGGUCCCUCUCUUCGCUACAGCCAAGAAAUUCCGGGGGCAAGGCUUCGGCUCUGCGCUCUAUGCGGCCCUCGCAGGGCUCGGUCGCCGCCUCGGCCUGCAAACCCUCGUCGUCUCAGCCACAGACGAGUCUCGUGCCUUUUGGGUCCGGCAGGGGCUGCACGCCAAAAAGUUCUGCGGCGCGGCGGAGAAGAGCGCGAUGAGCUCGCUGGAGCAGCGCGGCCUCGUCACCUCCUUCGAAAACACGACGCUGAUGGCCGCGCCCAUUCCGCAGGGCCUCGAGCCGCCGCCCCUCGCGCUCGACCAGCGCGACCGCGACCGGCUCCCCGGCCUGAAGGCGCGUGCCGCCGCCACUACGCACUGCUACGAGGACAUCAACGAUAAGGGGAGCUUCUGGGUCGCGGCCGAUGGCAGCCGGCAGUGGCGCGCGCCCUACCCUGCGGAUGAGAUGCUGACCGGCGUCGACCCGAACGUCAAGUGGGUGCCGUACAAGGAGCUGGAGGCCUUCUUUGCGGGUCCGACGCGCGGGUGGGGCUUGCGCUGCACGCGAGACAUUAAGGACACGGAGUUUGUGGUGGAGAUCGUCGGCCGCUGCCUCUCGUUCGAGGAGUACGAGCAGCUCGAGGACAAGACCUACGCGGUGGGCUUCCCCGAGAAUAUUAGCGAGGCUAAGCGCGCGGCGGGCGAUCGGCUGCAGUACAUCGACCCGAAGACGGAGGGGGGGCUGUGGCGCUUCAUCAACGACUCGGAGGAGGCGCCCAACCUCCGCCUCGUCUACAUCCCUCGCUUUGAGAAGCCCUCGGCCAAGAAUCCAGACGGCGUGCUCCCGAAGCGCGCCUUUCUCCAGGCAGCGCACGACAUCCCCGCGGGCGUCGAGCUCACGUGGGACUACGGCCCCGCCUACCCACGGCCCUGGAAGGAGGCCGAGGCCUCUGAGGCCGGCGGACAGGCGUUGCGGGUCGAUGAGGGCGGCCGCAGAGCAGCAGCAAAGUGGGCGAGCGCAGAGCCCGGCAGGUCUGUGUCCUCGCCCACUCCAGCCGACGUGGGGGCGGCGGAGCGUUGCCGCGGGGAGGCUUCCACUCGCGGUGGCACGGGCGAGGGGCGGGUGUCUGGGGGGGCAGACGCGCGGGUGGAGAAGCCGGCGCUUGCAGAGCGCGACCGCGCGACCACCGACCGCAAGCUGUGGCCGGGCGCCUUUGACGCCGGGUGGCGCAUCCGCGAGGCCUGCCGCAAUGCGGCUAAGAACAGCCACUGGAAGUACGUCAGCCCUGAGGGCAAGGACUACACCUCCGCUGCCGCGGCGGCCAGCGCUUCCGGCCGCGGUGAGUCGAGGCCCUCUGGGCUCGUGGCAACCGCUGCCGCCGCCUCCUCCGGGCACGAGUCCGGUGCUGAGAGCGAGUUGGAAGUGGAGUGCGAGGGAGACAAGGAGUGGUUCGCCGGCGUGAUCAAGAGCUACUCCUCCCGGCGUGGGCUCUGCGUCGCGUACGACAACGGCGAGACUCAGUACGAAGAUUUGGACGACUGGGGUCUCGACGACUUGGAGGUUGUCGGCUUUGAAGGUGACGAUACUACCUCCUCUUUGCAGCACCUCCACGCCUUCGACACUUCAAGCGAUGAGGAGGAGCCGCACAUGACGGGUGCGCUCUCGGCAGAGGACGCGGCGGCUACCUCGGCAGAGGACGCGGCGAGGGCCCCGGCUCGCGCGUGCUCGACGUGCACGCUCCUCUGCGACGACCCGCAGGCGCGGAGCUGUCAGGCGAUCAGCGACGGCGGAUACGAGCAGGCGGCGGAGCAGGAGGAGGGCCGGCUCCGCGGGGCAAAGCUGGACGACGAGUGGGUGGGAAAGGGCGAGCUGCCGCCGGCACUGGUCGCGAGGGCGGAGGAGCUCGUGGCGCAGCGCGAGGCGGAGCGAUCCGCGCUCUCGGCCUCGCAGGGAUCGGACAGCGACAGCGAUGCAUCACCCGCUUCCUCGCGCAGCAAGCCCAACGAGCUGGCGGGCGCGAUCCCGCCCGUUCGGCUCGCUCAACUUGCAGGCAGAGCCCGCCCGGGCGAGCAGCAGCAGCGAAACGUCGGGGGCGACCUCUGCACGUGA